GAGAUUAUUAAGCUCAUUGACGACCAUGAAAUCCUUGGUGAUUUUAUUAACUCUACUUAACACGCUGUUUUACAUAUCCGCACAAAGCACAUGUAAAAAAGUGAAUUCGUGUAAAUGUAAAUUUGACAAUGGGGACGUGAUUGAUUUGUCGCCGGUGGCGAAAUCCGACGGAGCCGCAUUUAAUGACGUAUUGGACAGUAGCGGGUUGGACACGUUUUCCUGGAAUCCAUGCACAUCUUUCUCGGAAGGAGCAUGCACUAAUGCAGCGGUAUGCCAAACCCAUGCAGAUUUGCAGUACAACUGUGGAACACAGGAGAGUGCUGUUUUUGGUUAUGAUGACACAGAACAAGUGUACACACUCACAUAUCAGGCAGAUACCGUUACAAAGAGCAACGAUUUAAGAAUCACAACUCUGUUUCUUUUCUGUCAGCAAGGUCCAGAUGUCUUUGAGCCAACUGGGGAAACAGGGCAAGCGACAUACAAUUUGUCUUUCAAAAGUAAAUACUCAUGUCCCAGGUCAGAUGCUGGACUGUCUGCCGGAACCAUUUUGAUUAUUAUAUUUGUUGCCAUGAUUCCCGUAUACCUAAUUGGGGGAGUUUUGUUCCAAGUCUUCGUCAGAAAGAAUAGCGGCAUGAAAGUCAUUCCUAAUUACAAUUUUUGGGUUGGACUUCCUGGGCUUAUCAAGGAUGGCAUGCUUUUUAUCAUCCGUGGAGGACGAAAAAAAGGAACUUACAACAGUAUAUAAAACAGUAGUGCUGCCGGAGACCCGGUGCCUUGCAAUGUGAAAAUUCUAUUUCGUGAGAUUCAAUACAUGGUUAAGGACACUGAGCUAAACUGAUGCUAAAAAUGAAUAAUCAGGAAUAGGGCAAUUUUGAUGAACGUACUGUUUAGUACCAUGAUUGUGUUAAACUUAUACGGUACCAAUUGUGAUACACAAGAUGCGCAUUUCGACAAACAAUGUCUCUUCAGUGAUGCUCAAGCCGAAAUUUUGGAAACAGAGUGCCAAAGACUGGAGUCAAAUUCGUCUAAGGAUCAGAGCUAUGCAUGAAGGAGAUAAUCUGUAGUUUUUGAAAUGAAUUUCUAAAUUUUAUCACGGCAAUUAAGUACACUUUCGUAUUUUAAAGCUAGUAACGAAGUACUUAGUUACAGGGCUGUAGAAACACAUCCACAGUGAAUGGUACUAAUGUUUAGCUUUAUUGUUCACUAGUAUAAUACUUUCUUCCGUCGUCGAUGAUUUCGUCACUCCUCCGUCGUAUAAUGCGUAUAAACCCGCAAUAUAGCUCUUAUUAAAGAUAAUCAUGUGAGAAAUAACAAUGACUGAAUUACGAAAUCAAUGUUGAUAGAAGAACACUUCACCUCUCCCUUUCCAGCAGAUAAUCAAAAGUUGAUGAAAACGCAAUAUAGUCAUCCACAUGCGAGUUUUAUUGUCAUUACACAGACAGGUUCCUGUUAAUAUACGGACAAUUUUCAAUCAGCUAUAUGAAGAAAAUUGUCUGGUAUUGCAGAAAAUAAACGAUAAAUUCACUAUGAAAUAUGGUUAAUGCAUUGUCUAAAUAUUGGCAAAAUUAUAUUUGUAAUCAGUUAAAUGUAUCUUCUCUCUUUUGCAACCUUUGGUUAUGAAUUACUGCAAGUACAUGUAACGGCAUUUUAUGGUCAAACUUCAUAGAGAUAAUCAUAGUACUGAAAGUACUUAAAGCCAGGCUUUGAUAAUGACGUACUACAAUGCAUAGUCGAGGUUAAAAAUAGCAAAGUCUACUUCCUGCUCUUAAAUCAGUAGAACAGGUUUUGAUAGGCAUCAGCAAAAUAAAACAACAGAUAUUUGAUAAUAUUCAUAAAAUGUCUAUUUUUUUUUUAAUAUCCAUGUAUCAACACCCCAAUGACAAUUUUUUGUUAAAUAUUACUUGUGCAAACCUAUCAGAUAGAAAAUAUAAGAAUUACAUGUAUCUAAUUGAAUUUAGAACUUUAUUGUUAAAAAUAACAGGUAUUUUGAAAAAUGUAACUUGUUGUAGAGGAUGAAUUCCAUUUCAUACUUAAAUGUCCAUAAAUACUAUAAUGAACUGAGAUCAAAAUGUAAAACUUAUACUGUACCAAUUUUGAUGCACAUGAUGCGCAUUUCGACAAAUGAUGUCUUUUCAGUGAUGCCCAAGCCAAAAUAUUGGAAAUUCGAAAUAACAAUAAACUUGCAAGAACUAAAAGAAAAAAACCAAGGUGCCAAAGACCAGAGUCAAAUUCUUCUAAGGAUUAGAGCUAUGCAUAAGGGAUAUAAUCUGUAAUUUUGAAAUGAAUGUCUUAAUAUAUAUAUAUAUAUAUAAAAAGAAUAGUAUUAUAAAGGACCGAGUGCUUUCAAACUGGUUGAAUUACUAAGUGUUCAAAAUGUCAAAGAAUUGGUUAAUUUAAGAAAGUACUUGCAUUCAACAUGCUUACGAAUAGAUGCUUAGUUUAGCUUUUGUUCUAUUUAUGUAUACUCGCCGGUGUGAUGUUUGUAUAUACUGUAUCAUAUUUAUGUUAUUCUGUUUCUGAUGAAUCGUUUGACCUAAGAUCAAUAAAGAACUUGAACUUGAAAUAUAUCAAGCACAAUAUCA